UUAAAGCUGGAAACAAUACUAGAACUUUCAAGGAGUCAUUCCACAAAGAGACUCAAAAACACACUGGACUGCUCAACUGCAAACCUAACACAGACAUGCUCGGCGAGUUCUCCGGCGAUGACGAUGUCGAAAACUGAAUACAAUGAUGAUUCAGAGUCUUUAGUAUGCCCAGAGUAUUUUAGUUGGAUCCAUGAAAAUUUAAAGCCAUGGAAAGACAAAGGAAUAUCAAGGGAGAAUGUAGAGGGAAUUAGAAAUAAAGCUUUCUUCAGGCUUCUUGUGAUAAAUGGGAGGGUCUACUUGAAGAAAUUUAAGGAUUUGCCCCCAUCUCAGUCCAGAGACUUGUAUACUAUUUGGGGGAUUCUACAACUUUUGAGGAAGUACCCAGGAAAGCUACCAGACUUGGAUAUAAUGUUCAAUUGUGGUGACAGACCUGUGAUCACAUCAGGACUUUACCAUGGACCCAAAGCCAGGAUCCCACCACCCUUAUUUCAUUACUGUGGGGAUGAUAAGUCCUUUGAUAUUGUUUUCCCUGAUUGGUCCUUCUGGGGUUGGCCAGAGAUAAACAUAAAGCCAUGGGACUCUUUGUUGCAAGAUUUGAAGGAAGGCAAUGAAAGGACUAACUGGAAUGAAAGAGAAGUUCAUGCCUACUGGAAAGGGAAUCCCGCGACGUCGAAGAGCAGGCGAGAGCUCAUGAAAUGCAAUGUCACAGAUAAACAAGAAUGGAAUGCUCGCCUCUAUGUUCAGGAUUGGGUCCUUGAAAGCAAACAAGGUUUCAAGCAAUCAAAACUGUCAAAUCAGUGCACUCACAGAUACAAAAUCUACAUUGAAGGUAUAGCAUGGUCUGUUAGCAUGAAAUACAUUCUAGCUUGUGAUUCAGUCACAUUGCUUGUAAACCCUAAAUACUACGACUUCAUCACCAGAGCCUUGAUACCUAUGCGCCAUUAUUGGCCGGUGAAGGACGACGACGAUAAGUGCAGGUCUAUUAAGCAUGCCGUCGACUGGGGAAACCAUCACAUUCAAGAGGCUCAGGCUAUUGGUAAGGCAGCAAGUAAGUUCAUACUAGAGGAUAUGAAAAUGGAUUAUGUGUAUGACUACAUGUUUCACUUGCUUAAUGAGUAUGGUAAUCUCUUGAGGUAUAAACCUACAGUACCUGAAGGGGCUACUGAGAUUUGUUUGGAGGCAUUUGCUUGUCCUGUAGAUGGAUUGAAGGAGGAGUUUUUGUUGGAGUCUAUGGUGAAGGAAGCUUCAGAUAAGAAACCCUGUACCAUGCCACCUCCCUUUGAUCCUUCAGCUCUUCAAGCAAUUCUUAAGGAAAAGGAAGAUUCCAUUCAUGAAGUGGAGACAUGGAAAAGGAAAUAUUGGGAGAAUCAGAGUCAUUAGCUCUCUAGCUUAAUCUUUUAUGUUCACUUGAAAGGAAUUGAAGUAAUUAAGGCUAGUAAAUCUCUCUCUCUCUCUCUCUCUCUCUCUCUCUCUCAUGUGAG